UCCUGUUCCACUUUGAAAAGCGGUCCUUCCUUUUAGCGACCUGGACCAGGGACUGACAUCCUGGUGUGGUGGUCUUAGCUGAGGGGGGGUCGACCACAGGACUUAAGUUAACAUUUUAAGGGUCGUUGAAGGAAAAGCUGAGACAUGUUUUGUGGCAAAAGUUCCUGCAAGCCGUCUUCCUCUGCAAGGAUGUUGGCAGCUCUGCUAUUUAUUUUGUUUCAUAUCCAGUUGGCACAUGGACAGCAGACGUGCUCCGAAGGCUUCAUGUUCGAGCGCAGGUCGAGACAAUGCAUAGAUGUGGACGAGUGCCGCACUAUGCCCGACGCCUGCAGGGGCGACAUGCGCUGCGUCAACCAGAACGGGGGCUACCUGUGCCUCCCCCGGGGGCUCUAUAGCCGGCCCUUCAGUCCCGAGCGCCCGCAGGUGCAGCAGCUGCCCGAGACCGCUUAUGGGGGCACGUCGGAGGGACAGACCAAUAGCUUUCAGCCCGUCCCCCCUGAGAGGACGGCGGAGCCUAGCUACCCCCAGGUGAGCUACCCGGUGCCGUGCAUCCUGGGAUACACGCUGGCGGACGACGGUACCUGCACCGACGUCGACGAGUGCGAGACCAACUCCCACCACUGCAACCCCACCCAGGUGUGCAUAAACACCGCGGGGGGCUACACCUGUUCUUGCACCGAAGGCUUCUGGCUGAUCGGGGGUCAGUGUCAGGAUAUUGAUGAGUGUCGCUAUGGUUACUGCGAGCAGCUUUGUGCCAACGUGCCCGGCUCGUAUUCAUGCUCGUGCAGCCCGGGAUUCACGCUCAACACUGACAACAGGAGCUGCCAAGACGUGAACGAGUGCGAGGACAGUCCGUGCAGUCACGCCUGCUAUAACAACCUCGGCUCCUUCAUGUGCAACUGUGACCCUGGCUUCGAGCUGGCGAGGGACGGGACCUCCUGCAACGACGUGGACGAGUGCAGGUUCUCAGACUCCCUGUGUCAGCACCAGUGCGUCAACGCUCCGGGCUCCUUCACCUGCGUCUGUCCGCCCGGUUACUACGUGCUCGACGACGACAGGAGCUGCGAAGACAUCAAUGAAUGUGACACUGGUAACAACACCUGUACAACAGAACGAGUCUGUUUCAAUUUCCAGGGAGGUUACACCUGCUUGGCUCCUUUGCAGUGUCCGCCUCCUUACGUUGAAGUGGGAGACAACCAGUGCAUGUGCACCAAUGGCAACCCUGCGUGCAGGGACCAGCCCUUCACCAUCCUCUACAGACACAUGGACCUGUUGUCGGGACGCAGCGUGCCCGCCGACAUCUUCCAGAUGCAGGCCACCACCCGCUACCCGGGCGCCUUCUACAUCUUUCAGAUUAAGUCGGGCAAUGAGGGGCAAGAGUUUUACAUGAGGCAAACGAGCAACAUGAGCGCCACGCUGGUCCUGUCACGGCCCAUCAAAGGUCCCAGAGAGGUGGUCCUGGACCUGGAGAUGGUGACGGUCAACAACGUCAUCAACUUCCGCGGCAGCUCCAUCAUUCGCCUGACCGUGUACGUGUCGGAGCAUCCCUUCUGACGCAUCAGUGCAACUAAAUGGAACGCACCCCGCCCUGCCUUAAUGGACUCUGGGCUUUUAAGGCAGUAAUAUGGACACUAUGGCGGGAUGCAUAUGGUGUACAAUUUCUGGCAUCCUCUUUGAAUGACCGCACGCCGUCGUAUUCUCAGCACCGCCUCAGAUGAGCUGUGAGCGGGACUUUUAUUGUGAGCUGUUUUACCGUCAUCACAAUAAACGUCUGUAUGAGCAGCAGGCCGCUGGAA